GUGGAAACAGGCAGGAGUCUCUUAGCAGUCCUGGGCGAUAAAGUUCACUCUGAUAGGAUUUAUUCAGCUCUCUGCCAUGGAGGCCAUGUACCUGCUGGACAACUGGAGAAAGGACCUUCAUGUGUCGCAGGAGGCUGUGGACAACUCAGUGGACAUGGACCGCCUGAACAGGAACGUGCCUGAGCUCGGACGGCAGACUCACCAGGUGUUACAGAGUACUCCACUGGAUUUAAUUGAGACCGGAAAGGGCCUGAAGUUUCAAGCGGAGCGCCCCCACCUGGUCAGCUUAGGCAGCGGACGACUGAGUACCGCCAUCACCUUGCUGCCCCUGCCUGAGGGACGCACCACUCUGGGAUAUGGUGCAGUGGACAUCAACAUCCAGGGCCCUGGGGUGGCAGCCCAGCACUGUUACAUAGAGAACAAGUCGGGGAUCAUCACUCUGCACCCUUCUGGGAACCUCUGCGCUGUAGAUGGACUCCAGGUUCAACAGCCAAUCCGUCUAUCACAAGGUAGGAGUCUUUCCGUCUGA